UAAUUUACGUUAGCAUUAAUGUUAAAAGAGUUAUAAGAUAUUUAGUUAUAAAAAGGGUAUAAGCCUCUUAUACCCUUCUAAGGUACUUUCUUUUUUUUUUUUUCAUGAUCAAAUGUAUUUCCGUGCUCGUCAGAUAUGGUUCGUCUUGAGAUAGAACGCUUUCGGUUCAAUCGAUUACUUUUGCUCGCAAUUGGUUUAUGGCCUUUUCAGAAAUCGAAGUUUGCUCAAGUUCAAUUUCCAGUAUUUCUUAUCAUUCUAAUAACUUUUAUAAUAUUUCAGUUUACAACAUUUGUGACCUCAGACUGCACAACUGAUUUCAUCAUAAAGAUUAUAUCUUCCACGACUUUCUUCAUUUUUUUGACAGUUAAAUAUAACUCGUUCUGGAUUAAUGCCGAUACGGUAAAGUUAUCACUGGAACAAAUUCUACAUACUUAUAACGAAUUAAAAAACAAAAAUGAAAUUGCUAUCUUAGAAAAUUAUGGCAAAGUAGCACAAUUAUAUACGGCUGUACUUACAAUAUUUGGUGUAUGCUAUAUGUCUGUUUUUUUCAUACUGCAAAUGUGGCCCCUUAUUAUCGGGGUAAUUCUGUCUAUGAACCAUUCCCGACUACAUCCAAGGAUUUAUAUCGCAACAGAAUAUUUUGUUAAUCAAGAAGACUAUUACUUUUUAAUUUUUUUACACUUAAACGCAGCCAUGUGGAUAGGAAUAACUGCAAUAAUAGCAAUAGGAACGAUGUUCUUAACAUAUUUUUGGUAUAUUUGUGGAAUGUUUAAUAUUGCCAGUCUUCGUAUUCAAAGAGCAAUGAUGACAAGUAUACUUCAAAAUAUUACUCAAGAAAACGAAAUUUUAAUUUACAAAGGAAUAAUCUACGCAAUAGAUAUUCAUCGCAAAGCUACAGAGUUUUCUCAAUUUUUUAUAAAGAGCUUUGAGGGAUCAUUCUUUUUUUUAAUAGCGUUUGGCAUAGUUUCCUUGAGCAGCAGUUUCGUUGAAAUUACGUCUGUUAAUAAUAUUGAAGAAUUUUUGCCAUUUAGUAUAAUAAUAAUUACUGUGUACGUGUACCUGAUUUUGGCUAACUACACCGCUCAAGAAGUUAUGGAUCACAAUAAACGUGUAUUUGCUACUGUAUAUAACGUUCAAUGGUACAUAGCACCUUUACAUAUACAGAAAAUACUAAUAUUUCUAUUGCUAAGAGGUAAUAAAGCUUUUAAUUUGAAUCUUGGUGGAUUGUUUGUGGGAUCUUUAGAAAGUGCUGCUAUGCUAUCAAGUGCUUCGGUAACUUACUUUACCGUUUUGUAUUCAAUACGGUGAAAUUAAUAUAAUGCGAAGUAAUAAAUACAUAUUUAAGUAAAUUUUAAUUAAUGUUAUUUAAAAUGUAUGCUUUAGAUACACUUAGAAAUCACUAUUGUAAAUGAAGGAAAUUUUGAUCAAUUGCUGAAAUGUUAUUGUUUAAUAAAAUUAAUUUCUAAAUAAAAUAAUUAUAAAAAAUUCAAAGUUA